AUGCCAAGGUCUGCCGAAGUCUACCGCUUCUUGCGGCCCGUUCUUCAGAAAGACAUUCGAUCAACCUUGAGUCCCUCAUAUGCUCGCUGCUUCUCAGCCUAUACUAGGCUUGCCUCGAAGAAACCCGUCCAGGACUCUCCAACAGGCGACUAUGAGAAGCGUGUUGCUCAAUUGCAGGCGAACACAUCGCUGCAAGACUGCUGGCCACGUCUGCCGCAGCGUCAUGAUGUCGCCAGAAUCUCCGUGAAUGAUUUGAGAAAGAGCAGUGCAACUUUAGAUAAUGGUGCCACCAAGCUCGACGAUAAGUUUGUCGUCUCCGGCAGAGUUCGCUCUGUGCGCACUGCCGGCUCCAAGCUGGUCUUCAUCGACAUAGAACAAGAUGAUCGUGUCGCCCAAGCCAUCUGUAAUUUCUCCCACCUCGACCAGAACGGCGUGCCUCGUGAGCAGUUCAACGCUUUCAAGCGCGUCGUUCGUCGAGGAGACUGGUAUACCUUUGUUGGUCAUCCACACAAGGCUCAAGGCGGAGAGGAGAGUAUUCUUGCGACUGAGCUUCCUCAGCUCAUGUCACCCUCCCUUCAUCAGAUUCCUGCCCAGCUUGAUGAUGCUGAAACACGCGCUCGUAGACCCCAUGUCGAUAUGUUGGUUCACCGUCAAGCUGUCCAAACGCUGAGGAUUCGGUCGACCAUCGAGCGUGGCAUCUCCACCUUUUUCGACACUCAAGGCUACUCCAAAGUUAGCACACCUUUGCUGACUGCUGGUGCCGGUGGCGCAGUAGCCCGACCCUUUGAGACUGUCGCUACAGAAAUGCAAGACACAACUCUCAAUCUUCGCAUAGCCCCAGAACUGUGGCUAAAGCGAUUGGUCGUUGGUGGCUUAGGCAAGGUCUACGAAAUCGGACCAGCCUUUCGCAACGAAGGCGUGGACGCAACGCACAACCCCGAGUUCACCAUCUGCGAGUCUUACAUGCCUUUUGCCGACCUUGACCAUCUCAUGAAGAUGACCGAAGAUUUGUUGUCUGGGCUGCAUGAAGACCUACGCAAGAUGGGCGAAGAAAACUUCAAGCAUCUGGCUGACACUGCUGUCAACUUUGACACAAACGAGGCUCACCUGUUCCAAGGACCGUUCCCGCGUCUUCCCUUCAUACCCACUGUCGANAAAGAAAUGGGUAAGAAGUUACCGAAUCUUAGUAACGACAGUGCAACGCAAGAGGUGCUGGACCUCUUCAUUGAACUCAACAUUGCCAUUCCUGCCAAACCAACACUACCACGCCUCUUAGACGCUCUGGCCGGCCACUACAUCGAGCCCCUCUGUACUGACCCAACCUUCAUCACCGAACAUCCUGCAGUCAUGUCGCCACUUUCGAAAACCUACGUUUGCCCCAGAACCUCCCAAGUCGUCUCCGCUCGCGCUGAGCUCUUCAUCCGAGGCAACGAGUACGCCAACAUGUACGAGGAGGAGAACUCACCGUUUGCUCAACGCGAGAAAUUUGUGGAGCAGCUCAAAUACCGUGAAGUGGAUGGCGAAGGUGACGGCAGAGCAGAGGUGGACGAGAGUUACCUCGAGGCUCUUGAAUGGGGACUGCCUCCUACUGGUGGUUGGGGUAUGGGAAUUGAUCGUCUGGUCAUGCUCCUCACUGGUCAGAAACGCAUCGGAGACGUCUUACCCUUUGGCACUUUGAGGAAUGUUGUUGGUCUUGCUACCAAGCAGACGUGA